CUCACCAUCUUCCGCGGCAGCGGUGCUGAAGGAGGGACGCGGAUCGGCGCGUCCGGUGGCGGGAGGAGAGCGGCAUCCUCUCCCAUCAUGCACAGCCUAGCAACGGCCGCGCCUGUGCCUACAGCAUUGGCUCAAGUGGACAGAGAAAAGAUCUAUCAGUGGAUCAAUGAGCUGUCCAGUCCUGAGACAAGGGAAAAUGCUCUGCUGGAACUGAGUAAGAAGCGAGAAUCUGUUCCUGACCUUGCACCCAUGCUGUGGCAUUCAUUUGGUACUAUUGCAGCACUUCUACAGGAAAUUGUAAAUAUUUAUCCAUCUAUCAAUCCACCCACCUUGACAGCACACCAGUCAAACAGAGUUUGCAAUGCUCUGGCAUUAUUGCAGUGUGUGGCAUCACACCCAGAAACCAGGUCAGCAUUUCUUGCAGCACACAUCCCCCUCUUUUUGUACCCCUUUUUGCACACUGUCAGCAAGACGCGUCCUUUUGAGUAUCUUCGGCUAACCAGCCUUGGAGUUAUUGGGGCUUUGGUGAAAACAGAUGAGCAAGAAGUAAUCAACUUUUUACUGACAACAGAGAUUAUCCCUUUGUGUUUGCGCAUUAUGGAAUCUGGAAGUGAACUUUCUAAAACAGUUGCCACAUUCAUCCUCCAGAAGAUCCUGUUAGAUGACACUGGUUUGGCUUAUAUAUGUCAGACAUAUGAGCGUUUCUCCCAUGUUGCCAUGAUAUUGGGUAAAAUGGUCCUGCAGCUAUCCAAAGAGCCUUCUGCCCGUCUGCUAAAACAUGUAGUAAGGUGUUACCUUCGACUCUCAGAUAAUCCCAGGGCACGUGAAGCACUCAGACAGUGCCUUCCAGACCAGCUAAAGGAUACGACCUUCGCCCAGGUGCUAAAAGAUGACACCACCACAAAACGCUGGCUUGCACAAUUGGUGAAAAAUCUACAAGAGGGCCAGGUCACCGACCCCCGGGGGAUCCCGCUUCCUCCUCAGUGAUCCUCUCUGUCCUCUCCUGCUACUGCCCUGUACUGGGGAAGGGAGAGGAAACCUGCGAGGAAAACAGCUCAGGUUUUAUCGUCGACUGGGAAUAGACAACCUCAAUGCUGAACCGGACUGGAGAAGGGGACAAAGGACCCCUGCUGAGGUGUAUGAGCUGCCUUGAGAACCUGGGCUCCCAUCUACUACUCCCAGGAAGUGGGCUCCUGACAGAGCAGUCUGCCACCACAGCCCAGGAGGGUGUCAACACCAGCAAAUGCUGUAUUUGCAGCAUGCCCAAGAUGACCUUGUCUCCACCUCUGCCUUGCAAGGAGGGGAGACAGUGAAGAGCAGCAGUAUUCUAGGCAUGGUGGAAGCCUGGGACCAAGCCAUGUGGCAUUUUUUUUAUUUUGCCUUCCUGGAAGACUCAAGAUGUGUCUCUUCAUUCUCUCUCUCAGUGUUUGUUUACUUUGGACUUUUUUGUUUUAUUUUUUAAUCUAAGAGAGAGGUGUGCUUAGUGGACACAAAGCUGGACAAGCAGAACUUUAUCACUUGGCACUGUUUACAAGUUUGUUAGCUAUAUAAGCUCAAUAAAAAGUUGGUCUGGGCAUUAGAUCCCUUCUGGCAGGCCGUGAGCUGCAUUGAGCUCUUGAGAGGAGUGAGAAGCGAGGGAAAGUGUGAAGCCAAAAGAUGGCAGGGAACCACCGCCUUUUUCACUUCCCUUUCCUACUCCCCUACCCCUUGGAUGCCACGAGGACCUUAACCUUGUUUCUGGCUUUAGCCUCUAGUUUUCCCAAAUCACAAUGCUUUCCCUUUUUCACUCCCCUCCUGUUAAACUUAAAAUAGAUGUCUUAA